GGUUCAGCGUUCACAGCGGUGGCCGACUGAAUUUCCUGUACCUCACUUUGCCUAUGACACAGAGCUUAUGCUUGCCUCAGGAAAUGAAGCAUUCAACAAGAAUGGAAUUCCACUCAACUUUACCUCAAUUCUUCCAGACAUCCUUGAGAGGCUGGCAGAAAGUGUCUUUCAGUAUGUUGCUUACCCAACAAGCGCACAGAUUUCAAAGGUUGCUGAGGCACUAAUCCAGAAGCAUCCUUGCCUUAGAGAACCGGGAUCAUAUAACGGAUGCUAUGGAUGGCAACAGAGAUUAAAAUAUAAAAUGGCAAACUAUAGAACCAAGUUGAGAGGGCUUGGAUGCCCUGAACUUGAUGUGAACUCUCUCAGAAAGAAGCGAUCACAUGAGAAAGCACCUGCGAAGAAUGUUAAAAAGCCAAAAAAGUCAGAAGUGAACUAUUUACCCCCUCACCCGCACGGAGAAACAGAAGAAAGUUUGGAAUGUGAAAGAGUAGAGCUCCUCAAUGAAGUAAAGAAGAGGGACAACAGCCAGAUCAUCAGCGAAAAAAUGGCAAAGACAUUCUCCAGUCGAAGGCAGGAAGUUGUCAACCAAGCACCAGCAGUCAAUGACAUGAAAGAAAGAUGGCCUGCUCUUUUUGACACAGCUCAGAUAAACCAAGAAUUCAGAAGGAUCACCACUGUUGCCCUGGAAACCACAUUUAUGGCAAAGCUGGACCAUUACUCUCCGAAAUUGAUGUCCUUGCUGUUCUCAAGGGGGGGGACUGCAAAAACGAAGAUUCAGCGCAUCCGUAACAUGCUGCUAGAGGAUGAGUCUGUGGAGACAAGGAGAGAGGCUGCUAUCCAUGGUGUGGUGGUGUACCUUAGGGAAAAGGAGGAGGAUCUCUUCAGAGAACAGGAUGGUGACGAGGACAUUACAAACGAUGUAAUGAAGAUUGUGGUAACCAGAGGUGCCAUGGUGUCUAAUCCAGCCACCGCAACAAUAAUUCUUGAGGGAACAGAAGUCCUGGCGGACCUGGAUGUACCCAGGGCCUGUGCCUUGCUCAUGGGGCUGAUAUACGCUCUUAAUCUCAGCUACCCAAAAGAACUGAAAAAUACCUUUGAAGUGUUUCAAAAGAUAUUCCUCGAGCUGGAUGAUCUCAAAGCAAGCCCAAAGGUAAUGUCACUGAAAAGUAAACUGCUGUUCUAAAAUAAAUGUGAAGGGUGAAGUUAUCCAUCAAAGAGUUAUUUGCAAAGUUGAAUGUUGUUUACAGUACCUUGUGUUACAUACCCUACAGAAGGAGUAAAGCUAAGUUCAUUGAGCUUA